AUGUGACUUCCCAACGGAUUAAUUCCUGGUGUAACGCUGGCUGCCGUGCCCGACAACAGGGCACAAUUUGUCGUUACCCGAGAUCCCUGGUCGAACUUGUUUAUGUUUUGAAUAUCAUCAUCCUGGGACGAAACGGUCUAAUGUUUUCACCAAAGCAGAAGUUAUUCCUCAUUGCUAGCCAUGUCUCCCUUUCUGGUCUCUGCUAUGGCUUGGACACAGGCUCGAUCGGUGUCAUCACCCAGAUGGAACAAUUUUCCGACUACAUUGGUCAUUUAACCUCCAUGCAGCAGGGUAUCUACGUCUCCUCCAUUCUCCUCUCCUCCUCGGUAUCCUCCUUAGCAAGCGGGCACAUCUCCGACCGUAUCUCGCGAAAAUGGGGAAUCUUCAUCGGCAGCAUUCUGUAUCUCAUUGGCACCGUCAUCUCAGCAGCGUCACCGAACUUCGCGGCUCUUAUUGUCGCUCGUCUGAUCACAGGCAUGGGUAUGGGACAGGCCAUUUCCGUCGCUACCGUAUACCUAGUUGAGAUUGCGACUGCCGACAUUCGUGGAGUGACUGCUUGCCUCCUGCAGCUGAACGUGGUCAUCGGUAUCAUGACUGGAUAUUUUAUUGCGUAUGGAUCGCACGAUCUAGCAGGCAGUAUGUCAUGGAGGGUCCCAUUCAUUGUGCAGGCGGCUGUUGCUGCAGUGCUCACCCUUGGGUUACUGCUUGUCCCUUUUUCGCCGCGGUGGCUGGUCCAAGCUGGUCGGAAUGAGGAUGCGAAGCGAGUCCUGGGAAAGCUGCGCGCACCAUCAGCUAUCGACUCCGAGUUGGCUGAGAUUCAGCAAAGUUUGCAGUCAGAUAGGCACAGGGCCCUUGCUACUUGGAGUGAAAUCUUCGGUCGGAAAUAUGUCGGUCGGACAGCGCUGGGAAUAUUCCUAAUGUCCUUCCAGCAGUUGACUGGCAUUGACGUGGUGCUCUACUACGCUCCUAUCCUCUUCCGACAGGCAGGGUUUACAUCUGAGAGGGCGUCCUUUCUUUCGUCAGGCGUCACUGGAAUUGUGAUGUUGGUCUGCACAAUUCCUGCUCAAAUCUGGAUCGACAGAUGGGGUCGUCGUAUGCCUCUAGUUAUCGGGGGGCUUAUCAUGUCUAUUUGCUUUAUAGUGACUGGCUCGCUGUAUGCCAGGUACGGGCAAGUAGCUGACGACGCAGUCAGUCUUUCAUCGAAAGCAGCGCAAUGGGUCGUUAUUGUCCUGAUCUACAUAUUUGUGGCCAAUUUCUCUUGGUCCUGGGCUGUGGUUGGCAAGAUCUACGCCUCGGAGAUCAUUCCGACCAGACUCCGAGCAAAAGUAUGCGCUUUGGAGCUGGUAGCAAAUUGGGUCAUGAAUUUCGUCGUGACACUCACGGCGCCGCUCUUCUUACGAUCUUCGCCUAGUGGACCGUACUUUUUGUAUGGGUUCUCUACGAUUGUGGCCGUGGUCGUUUGCUUCUUGAUGCCGGAGACGAAGGGUCGUAGCCUGGAAAACAUUGAACAUUUGUUCGGAAAAAGAAGAAACGGUGAGGAGGAAGUCAGUAUGAAUAGAUCAUAGGCUCUGCUACUAGACAUACGAGCCACGGCCGAAGUUUUGAAGUCUUGCUAAACGCGAGAACCGACUGUCUCAGAUGCAUGGUCGUGCCUGGUCCAUAGUAAUAGCCUCAAAUGCGAAAGGCUCCCAACAUACCUUUUCCCAACAUACAUAUCUGCAUUGUACCAAUAGGUCCGGUGCCGACGUAGUACUCUAGAACUGGAAAUUUUCACUUUCUCGUGGAAAACAUUAGCUGAAUCCAACACGGACACUUGUUCCCGUCUUCCCCUCUUCCCAACAAAAAUAUUCAAUUGCGAUGCGUACAGAAAAGGUCAACGGUCCGGCCCGUUCACUAGCACACAAAGUGGCAAGAUUGACAUCGCUGAUCCUUCCUCCAGGGGUAAAAGGAGGACUCCGACGUUGCGCAAAGACUCCCAGGGUACGACACUAAUUAGAUUGGAUUUAGGGACGACCUAUGAGACCUGCAUUCUUGAUCAUGCAUCCC